AUGAGUCAACAAGAGACAAACAGCAACUAAACAGAAGGUGAGGUUCAUAUAGAGUCAACUAUUAUAGUCAAAUUGAAUACUGAUUUGAAUGACAGGAGUGUAGUACCUACUGAAUAUGCACUUAAAGAGAUAACUCAUCAAGCUACUAAUACCCAGACUCAAGAUAAAAAGAUUGAGUUUAAGAGCAAAUCAAUGCUCAAUCAAGAUUCUUAGCCAUUUAUGCCAGCUUCUAAGUACCUAAGCAAGAUGGGGAUACCAAGCUUCAAUGACUUCUUUAUGCAGGAUACCAUUGAUUCAGAGAGACUGCAGAGAGAUCUUGAGAAAGCUAUUAAUGUCAACAAGAUGCAGCAUCACUAUAUCUAGAACUUGCAGAAGGCUAACCUGUUCCUUAAGCAGAGGCUAAAGGAGUAUGAAGAUCUUGAUAUGAUGAUAAAAACUGGAGUUAAUCCGAUGAUGGGCAGUCUUGCCACCACUAUGGACCCCACAUAUUUCCCUUCAGCAAUAGCAAACCUCUAUCAGCAAAAGUAGAAUGACUACAAACUAGUAUCUAUUGGUCAGGUUGAUAGUGUCACAAAGCAUGAGCCAGAGUUUGACCAAGAUGAGUUUAUCAUUUAAAAAAUUCAGAGAUCAGGUAGACUCAUGGGAAAGCCUAAUUCACUUCAUUCUACACCUGUAUAUCCUCCAAAGCCUUAUGAUGAUUAUCAUCAGAGUUAUCACAAGCCUGCUCACAGAUCUAAUGGUGGCUACUACGAAUCUAAUGACAAUUUUUACAAUCCUGAGAAAGAAAACUCUCCAAGAAAUUACAGCAGAAGCAGUAGAUAUCCACCCAAUGAUCAUUAUCACUCAGGCUAUCAUCCUCAUCAGCAUCAUAAUCAUUCAACAGUCAAUCAUGGCCAUGGUUAUUGCUGUGAGAAUCCUCAUUGCCAUAAUAACAGACCAAGUGUUUAUUAAGAAUCUGUUUCAUAGGCAAGAGCAGCAGGAGGAUUCAGACCACCAACUAGUAAACCUCAAGUUAGCAACUAUGAUUUUGAGGAGAAUUCAAGUCAUAAUCAUGUUUAGAAGAAAAGAUACAAUCAAGAAUUACCAGCUUAGAAUGGAAGAGGCAGAGGGGCAACUAGAAACUACAAUGAUAGGUCAAGAGAGCAGAGUCUCAAUGGAGGACAUAAAAAGCCUUUUAACAACUCUGGCAGAGGGUAGUUCAGAGGAGGAGCAGGAAGAGGUAGUGAUAGAGACACUGAUAGAAAACCUUUCAUACCUUAAAGAGGAAGAGGUGGUAUGAAUGUACCUGGAGGAGCAGUCAACAGAUCAAAAUCAAGAGGCUUUGACAAGGAGGAUACAGAAGGAUACAAUAAAGGAAGGGGUAUUAGAAGAUCAAUUCGAGGUGGAAGAGGUGAUAUAGAUGAAAAAUUUGAUUCUAGACAUCAGUCAAGCAACAGAAGAUUUGAGGAUAGAGCUAGAACUAGAGAACAAAGUAGAACUAGUGAGAGAAAAGAUCUAAGGCCUGCUAACUUUAUAAGGGAUAUUGAGAAGAGAACGAGAGAGUUUGAAGAUCAAAAGAGGGACUUCAAGGAAUAUUCUCACUAGAGACAAAGCAGAGGAAGAUCAGGAAUGUAGAAUAGAUUUGAGGAGGGAAAAAACAGCUAAUCAAGGUCAGCAAGAAGAACUGAGGCUCUUGAAAGUGAGAAGCCUUAAGUUAUUGAGAUUUCAAAUCAUAGAACUGUGAUUCAGAGAGAACCAGAGAUCAGAUCUCCCCUAAUCAGGUCAAAUGACAAAAGAGAGUCACUCCAAAAGGAGUUUGUAGAAGAUGAGCCUCUCCACCAAGAACAAGUUACUUAGCAGGAGAAGAUAGAUGAUUUGCUUGAAGAUGUCAAAGAGAGACAACAACAAGAGACUAUUUAGCAUGAUUAUACAGAUCAAUCUAAAUGUAAAUAUAUUUUAUCCUAUAAAAAAUUUUUAGAAGAAGAGGCACCACCAGUAGAAAUGAGUAAAGUUGAAAUGAUCAUUCCAUAGAUGGAAGAACCUCAAAUGCAGAAGCCCACCAUGAUAGAGAAAGAGAUCAAGCCCACCAGAAAAUUGACUGUUUAGGAGAGAGCACUUAUGGAGAAGUUUGAGAAGCAGUUGAAAGCAGCAAUUGCAUAGAAUGAUAUUCAAGAGAUUGCUGAGUUGGUCUUUGAUAUCAAAGAGAACGAGUUUCAUGAGGAUGGAUUGAUCGACAUCACUGAGGCUGAGAGAAUCCUCUUUGAUGAAUGA